CUUGAUUUCAUUAUCAAUUCAUUCUAGAUCUACGUCUACUAUAAAGACUCGUAAUGUCAGACGUUAUGGAUUCUCAAGUAAUGUCAGACGUUAUGGAUUCUCGAGAAAUGCCAGCCACUAGCAUUAUGGGUUCUGAAGUAAUGCCAGAUGAUAUACAUGUAGAUCCUAAAAUAAUUAAAGCUUUGAUUGGGCUUGUUGUGGAUCUCUGGAAUUCAAUUUCAGAACAAAAAAUUGUGAAAAAAUUAACUGAAGCAGCCUGCAAGGAGGCUAAUGAUUAUUUGGAAAAAAAAUAUGGUGGUUGGCGAGAGAUUGUCAGAGACACAGUGAGACAGGGAAUUGACAAAGCAGCAGAGAUCUUGCAAAAUGCUAAGGAGUCAAUUUUGGAAUUUAUUCAAGAGAACAAAGAGUUUUUAAAAAUCCUCACCCAAGGUGCUGCUAAAGGUGGUGCCAGGUUAAUAGCACAAUGUGUCACAAAAGAGAUAGCAAGGAAAGGAACAACAGCGGUUACUGCUGUAGCUAAAAGUGCAGUUACCCAAGGAGGAAAGCAAUUUGCAUCUCGAGCAACCAAACAAGUUGUAAUACAAGGUCUCAAGCAAGGAAUAAAAUCAGCAACCACAGCUACUGGAAUUGGACUAGCAGCAGAUGUGGCCCAAGCAGGAUUGGAGUAUCAUGGAUAUGAGAAGGAAGGGAAGGUUGUAGGAGCAACUGGGAAUGUUGCAUCUGGUGCUCUACUUGGUGGUGUAGUGGCUGGACCACCAGGAAUAGCCAUUGGUGCAUUGGGAGGAUUUUUGAUCUGGGGAGGUGGAGAAGUUGUAGGAAAAGUCAUAGACAAAACCUUUUAACAGUAAACUUUGAGUUUGCUGACUUGUGAUAAUUAUAAUCAUCACGUACAUGUAGAUUCUGUAUCGUUAAUUCUUAGAGUAGAAAAAUUGUGAGACAAAACAUUGUAGUGCUAUUAAUUUUUGUUUGUUUGACUUUAAUAUAAACUUUACAGCG